AUGAGAAAUUUGAGUGGAGGCCACAUAGCAGAGUUUGUCUUGGUGGGUUUCCCUACCUCUCCACCCAUGCAGCAUCUCCUCUUUGUCUUCUUUUUUGCAAUUUACGUGUUAACACUGUUAGAGAAUACACUUAUUGUCUCUACUAUCUGGUUCACUCCAAGCCUUCAUCGCCCCAUGUACUUUUUCCUUGGCCAUCUCUCUUUCUUGGAACUUUGGUACAUCAAUGUCACCAUUCCUCGGCUCUUGGGAGCAUUUCUUACCCAGGAUGGUAGAGUCUCCUACAUAGGUUGCAUGACCCAACUCUACUUCUUCAUUGCCUUAGCCUGCACCGAAUGUGUCCUUUUGGCAGUUAUGGCUUAUGACCGUUACCUGGCCAUCUGUGAACCUCUCCGUUACCCUAGUCUCAUGCCUUCCAUCUUGGCCACUCGCCUUGCCGCUGCCUCUUGGGGCAGUGGCUUCUUCAGCUCCAUGAUGAAACUUCUAUUCAUUUCCCGACUGUCCUACUGUGGACCUAACAUAAUCAACCACUUUUUCUGUGAUAUCUCUCCACUACUCAACCUCACCUGUUCUGACAAGGAGCAAGCAGAACUGGUAGACUUCCUCCUGGCUCUGGUGAUGAUUCUGCUCCCUUUGGUGGCUGUGGUUUCAUCUUAUGCUGCAAUCAUUGCAACCAUCUUGAGGAUCCCUACUGCACAGGGACGCCACAAAGCCUUCUCCAUUUGUGCUUCUCACCUGGCUGUGGUUGUCAUUUACUACUCCUCCACUCUCUUCACCUAUGCACGACCCCGAGCUAUGUAUACCUUCAACCACAACAAGAUCAUCUCUGUGCUCUAUACUGUCAUUGUACCAUUCCUCAAUCCAGCUAUUUACUGCCUGAGAAAUAAGGAGGUGAAAGAUGCCUUCAGGAAGACAGUUCUGGGAAGAUGCCACUAA